GCCAGGAUUUGGUCUAAGAUCUUGAUCACCUGACAUCCUCACUGGUGUCCAGUGAGGUGGCUGCUGGUACACCCACUGUGCAGAUGAAACUGGCUCAGAGAAGUGGAGGCGCUCACCUCUGCUGGCAGGAGGACCCUUUCCUGGUGCCCCUUCCUGCUUCCAGCAUGAAGACCUGGACCUGGGCUCUCUGCACUUGUUGGAGACUCCUACCCCUCCUUCCCCUCAGUUCCCAUCACCAUCUGCUCCACACACCGAGUAAUCCCAUCCUACCCUUUCCACCACAGGACAUCUAGGACUCCCUGGCAGUGAUGUGUGUGGAGAAUUUUAACCAGGAUGAUGAUGAUGAUGAUGAUGAUGAUGAUGAUGAUUUUGUGAGGAGGGAUUGAACUCAGGGGCUUGUAACCGCUGAGUCACAUCCCCAGCUCUUUUCAUUUUUUACUUUGGGACAGGGUCUCAUUCAGUUCUGAGGGCCUCACUAAGAUGCUGAGGCUGAUUUUGAACCUGUGAUCCUCCUGCCUCAGCUUCCUGGGCCACUGGGAUGACAGGACUGUGCCACUGCACCCAGCUUAACCUACAAUUUUGAAAUUGAGAUAAGCAAGGAUGGGAAAAGAUCACUGGCGACCCCUUAGGCUGGUCAAGGAAAAACAUAUGCAGAAAUGAAAUGAGCCAAAGCGGCAAUCUAUUGAAAUGACUCAGAUGUAGCCAGCACAGGCCCUGGCUCACUACGUGUCCUUAAGAGAUUUUGCUCCUUGAAGUGGUGGCACCUAUGGUUGCAGCUAGUUAGGGACACAGGAAGUGAUGUUCCCCCUUCCUCAGAAGGAAUGCAGGGAGCCUGCCACCUGUCUGGGCUCGGCCUCCCCACAGGACAUGGGCCGAUACUGUCGGGGUGACGUGGAAGGAGAAUGCUCCAGAAGAGCAGAGCUGAAGCGGCCGGAGCUCUGUGGAGUUGGUGAUCCCAUCGCCAUGUUCUCCUCUGCCAGCUCCUGCCUGUCCUCCAGAGGCCGGGUCAUCAAAUGGUUCUGGGACUCGGCUGAGGAGGGCUACAGGACCUACCACAGGGAUGAGUAUGAUGAGGACAAGAACCCCAAUGGCGUCAUUAACUUGGGCACCAGUGAGAACAAACUCUGCUUUGACCUGCUGUCCAGGCGGCUGACUCAGAGUGACAUGCUGCGGGUGGAGCCGCCCCUGCUGCAGUACCCUGACUGGAGGGGGCACCUGUUCCUCCGGGAGGAAGUGGCUAAGUUCCUGUCUUACUACUGCAAGAGCCCAGCACCCCUCAAAGCAGAGAAUGUGGUUGUUCUGAAUGGCUGUGCCUCUAUCUUCUCUGCUCUGGCCACGGUGCUGUGCGAGGUGGGGGAGGCUUUCCUGAUCCCCACCCCUUACUACGGAGCCAUCACACAGCAUAUCUACCUCUAUGGCAACGUCCGACUGGCCUAUGUCUAUCUGGACAGUGAGGUCACUGGGCAGGACACACGCCCCUUCCAGCUCACGGUGGAGAAGCUGGAGACGGCCCUGCAAGGAGCUGAAUCUGAGGGUGUCAAGGUCAAGGGCCUCAUCCUCAUCAACCCCCAGAAUCCUCUGGGGGACAUCUACUCCCCGGGAGAGCUGCAGGAGUUCCUGGGAUUUGCCAAGAGGCACUCGCUGCACGUGAUCCUGGAUGAAAUCUACAUGCUGUCAGUGUUCCAGGAGUCUCUGGAGUUCCGCAGUGUCCUGAGCCUGGAAAGGCUGCCCGACCCCCAGAGGACCCACGUACUGUGGGGCAUGAGCAAGGACUUCGGGAUGUCCGGGCUCCGCUUUGGCACGCUGUAUACAGAAAACCAGGAUGUGGCCACCGCUGUGGCUUCCCUCUGUCGCUAUCACGGCCUCAGUGGCCUGGUCCAGUACCAGGUGUCAAAGCUGCUCCAGGACCGUGACUGGAUCAACCGCGUGUACCUGCCUGAAAACCUUGCCCGGCUCAAGGCUGCCCACACCUACGUCUCGGAGGAGCUCAGGGCCCUAGGGGUCCCCUUCCUGAAUCGUGGGGCAGGCUUCUUCAUCUGGGUUGACCUGAGGAAGUACCUGCGCAAGGCCACCUUUGAGGAGGAGACGCUGCUGUGGCGCCGUUUUCUGGACAAUAAGGUGCUGCUGUCCUUCGGCAAGGCCUUUGAGUGUAAGGAGCCCGGCUGGUUCCGCGUGGUCUUCUCAGACAGGCCCCAGCGGCUUCGCCUGGGGAUGCAGAGGGUCCGGCAGGUGCUUGAGAGCAACCCCAAGUGACAGAGGAAGCCCCUCCCUCCCAGGGCAGAUGAGCUGCUCAGUGUCUGGUCAGCAGCCACUGCCUCCGACCUGGACGAUCUGGAUCUGGGGCUGCAAGACGGGCUGGACUUGCCCCAAGGACCUCUUUCCUACCCGACUGGGUGGCAGCAGGAGACUCCUUAAGCUGAGCUUCAUCUUGGCCAUUGCUGUCCCCUAUUAAACAACCUGGGACCAGCUAGA